AUGGCUUACAAGAAGGAAGACAUUGAAGGGUUGGGAUCUGUCUCAACACACUCGCAAAUUGGCCAGGUCCUAGAGGACCCGGACGCAUCCUACGAUGCUGUCUUUGGCAAAAUCAAAGAAGGCGGACCCAACUACCGCAAUGUUGGCUGGAAGGGAACUGUGGCUCUCAUGAUGAAGACUCAGAUAGGACUGGGUGUCUUGUCCAUUCCCGGUGUUUUUGAUGUGUUGGGCAUUGUCCCGGGCGUCAUUGCUCUGAUCUGCAUUGCCGCCGUCACGACAUGGUCCGACUACAUCGUGGGGGUUUUCAAGCUCCGUCACCCCGAAGUCUACGGCAUCGACGACGUUGGACGCUUACUUUUCGGCCGCGUUGGACGCGAGUUCUUCGGUGUCGUGUUCUGUCUCUACUGGAUCUUUGUUGCUGGUUCCGGCAUGCUUGGCGCCUCGAUCGCGCUCAAUUCGAUGACCAUGCACGGUGCAUGCACUGCUGGCUUUGUUGCUAUUGCUGCUUUGAUCGGCUUUGGCUUCGGAAGUAUUCAGACACUGGGGAAGAUCACUUGGUUCGCAUGGAUCGGCCUCAUCUGUAUCAUGUCUUCAAUUUUUACCCUCACCGUUGCGGUAGGAGUCCAAGACCGACCAGCUGCCGCUCCGCAAGAGGGCCAUUGGGUCUCUGACUACAAGCUCGUUGGCAGCCCAACCUUCGCGCAGGCUUCGUCGGCGCUGUCUACUUUGGUUUUCGCCUUUGCUGGCACGCCGGCAUUCUUCUCCAUUGUCUCUGAAAUGCGGGACCCUCGCCACUACACUCGCGCUCUCAUUAUCUGCCAGAGUGGCGUGACCGCCACCUACAUCGCCAUCGGAUGUAUUGUUUACUACUUCUGCGGAUCUUUCGUUGCUUCCCCUGCCCUGGGCUCGGCUGGCGCGACCAUGAAGAGAGUAUGCUAUGGCCUCGCUUUCCCCGGCUUGAUUGUGACGACAACUCUUGUUAUCCAUCUUCCCGCCAAAUACAUUUUCAUCCGUAUGCUGCGUGGAUCCCGGCACCUGACUGAGAACACGAUGAAGCACUGGGGUAUCUGGCUUGCAUGCACUUUCAGCAUUGCUGUGAUAGCGUACAUCAUUGCCAGCUCUAUCCCAGUUUUUGACGGUCUCGUUUCUCUUGUGGGUGCCCUCUUUGGAACCCUUCUUUCCUUCCAGCCAAUGGGCUGCAUGUGGCUCUAUGACCAUUGGACGGAGGGAAAGCUUGAGAAGCGACCGAGAUGGAUUGCCAUGGUCUGUUUCAGUGUUUUCGUCGUCGUCAGCGGUUCCUUCCUGAUGAUAGCAGGUGCCUAUGGUUCAAUCGUUGGGAUUUUGGAUAGCUUCAAGGUGUCUGGGGGUUCAGCGGCAUUCUCUUGUGCGGACAACUCCAACUCUGUUUAG